GGCAGCGAGGGUUUGGGGAGCGGGGAGCGGGGAGCGGGGCCGCGCCGACACGGCAGCCCCGGGGGCAGAGGACGCUCCGGUCCGGUCCGGUCCGGCUCAUUGAGGCGGCCGCAGUGAGAGAUUGGCUCAUACUGGCAGACUUGCAUCAGAUAUCCCGAACAUUCAAUCGACUGAAUUUGAAAGAAGAUCUGAAUGGCCAAGGUGAUCAAGAUAUAGGUAGCUCCUUUCAGUGCACCUGUUCUGUCUUUUGGUGUGCUCACAAGAUGCCUGUUAAGAAGAAGAGAAAAUCUUCAGGAUCAGAAGAUGCCAGCAUGAAAAAAUGUAGAAUAAGCAGUUUCUGUAGAGUACAGACGCCAUCUAGAUUAAUAAGUGAUGACAGUUUUUCAAGCAAAAAGUGCCUAGCUUGGUUUUAUGAAUAUGCAGGAACAGACGAAGUUGUUGGUCCUGAGGGGAUGGAAAAAUUUUGUGAAGAUAUUGGUGUGGAGCCCGAAAAUAUUAUCAUGUUAGUAUUAGCAUGGAAGCUGGAGGCUCAAAACAUGGGUUUUUUCACUAAAGAAGAGUGGCUAAAAGGAAUGACGUCAUUACAAUGUGACUGCACAGAGAGGCUACAGAGCAAGUUUGAUUAUUUGCGCUCGCAACUCAAUGACCUAUCAGCUUUCAAACAAAUUUACAGAUAUGCCUUUGAUUUUGCUAGAGAUAAAGACCAGCGUAGCCUUGAUAUUGAUACUGCAAAGUCUAUGUUAGCUCUGCUCUUAGGAAGAACGUGGGCUCUGUUCUCUGCCUUCUACCAAUUUUUGGAGCAAUCAAAAUACAGAGUUAUGAAUAAAGAUCAAUGGUUCAACGUGUUGGAAUUCAGCAGAACUGUACUCGCAGACCUUAGCAACUAUGAUGAAGAUGGUGCAUGGCCUGUUCUGCUUGAUGAAUUUGUUGAGUGGCAGAAAGCAAGGCAAUCAUCGUAACAAGAUGGAGGGAAAGAGAACUAAGGGAGAGCAAUAAUGCUUUGCUAUCCAACCAAACUACAUCUUUAAUUAUGAAAUGGAAAGUAUUUGUCAAAAGCCAUCUUUUAUGCUAGCUACAGACUUUUCAGUGUUACAAGAGGGGAGAAGGUUUUCAAGUUGCAUCUAUACUAAGCAUUUUAUUAUGUAUUCAUCAACUAUGGCACCCGAUGUUAAGAUUUUGUCCAGUCUUAAGUCUUAAUGCUUUUGACAAUAUCUGUUUAUAACUUCAUACGUACUUUGAUGAAGCACAUUAAAAAUUAUAGGUUUUCAUUAGAAACAGAAACGAUUUUCAUGUGUGACUGAAAGAUGAAAGGCCUUGAAGUGUAUGGAUGCAUUUUUCAGUUGUUGGAAAGUGUAUGCUAUUGUACCAGACGUUCGCCAUUCUGGUACUGUACCAAAAACUUACUGAACCUCAUCAUAUGUUAUUGUAACUAUAUAGCACCUUUUCUGUGAUAUAGUAUAUCAAUGGGUACUGGUGCUGUUCUAGGACUGUGAGCUCAGGGUUAAUGGUAAUGACAGUAGCACCACUGCUAAUCCAUGUAACAGAGGAUUACAUGUGAUGCAAAUGUAUAUUUAAACUUGUUCAUUUACAUUGUUAAGGUAUCCACAGAUCUGCCCAAUUUCAAAAGCUUUAUUUUAUACCCUUUAAGAACAAAAUGGAAUAUGGUCAUAUAAUUCUAAAUUAGAGUGGAUAGAAAGUAUAAUCAGAACCGCAUGUAAUGGAAUUCUUCAGCGAGUAAGCAUGUGGUUUUGACUAGUUUUUAGCACUAGAAGGUAACUUGCCACAAUUGGCCCACUGUACUAAGUACAUUUUUAGAUAAUACAAUAUCAAAUAUUUCAUUCUCCAGUGUUGAAGCCUGUAAAUUAGCUUGAAUACUGAACUCAAAUACUGAAUACUAAUAUGAUUAGUGAAAGCUUUUGUACAAAGGUGAUACUGUGGGACCUUCAAUUUAAAAGAAAAUUCAUGCUCAUUAGCAUCUAAAGUUGAAAUAUUGACAGUGAAUCCCUUGUGUAUAUAGAAUGUAUGGUCUAAAUACUUCAAAUUGAAAAACUGAACUACAAGUGCAGUGUGGUUUGGGUUUUUAUUGGGGUUUUUUUUUUUUUUUACCCUUCGGUACUUCAGAUUCAAGCAGAUCCUUACCAACUCCUAAACUUAUUUUUUGCUGAAGGUAUUGUGGCGACUUAAUGUGUAAGAAGGGACUGCAGAUGCUGGUUUAAACCAGAGAUGGACACAAAAAGCUGAAGUAACUCAGCGGGACAGGCAGCAUCUCUGGAGAGAAGGAAUGGGUGAUAUUUUGGGUCGAGACCCUUCUUCAGACCAGUCUGAAGUUACUCCAGCUUUUUGUGUCUAUCUUGCGGCGACUUAAUUACUGGAACAGUAUGGCAAGUUCAGAAACAAUAAAAGCUACUGAUUUACUGUUCGCUCAAAGGCCCACAAAGUUAAAUGUCGAGUGGUGUUUUGGGAUGCACUUUACAUGGUUCUGUACAUCCUAGUGCCAGUUAAUAUUCAAAAGUAAUGUGUAUCUGAUUUUUAUUUUUUUUCACAAGUUCACAUUUUACAAUUGUCUUACAAGGUCUUACAGAUUUGUAAUUGAGUUCUUUGGCCUGACAGUGCAAAGGGCCAAAACACAGGAUUGCUCAACUUUAAGAACCAAUUGUUAAAAUUCCUGUAUGACCUCCAUCCACCUGUUUACACAAGAUAAGCCAUUAUGAACCCUCUGCUGGAGUGAGCAUUCAAUUUAUGAUCUAUACCAAUGCCAUCAUACUCUGUCCCUCUCAGUAAAAGUUAUUAAUGUGAAUGAGGCUAGUUGCUGCAGAAUCAGUUACUUGAAAAGUUUUCUUUUUAAACUGCUAAAUGAUUUAUUGUGACAGUUUGUCUGAAAUGAUAUAUGUUCCUUCUCUGCGGCUAGUUCUUCCCACUUGUAAAGUAACCAACAACAAUUGAAUGAAGUUUAGCUUUUGUAGCACUGUGGAUCUUUAAACAAAUAUAAUUGUUUUUGUGAAAAAAAUCCUUUGGUACAGUAGGAUAAUUAUUAAGAGUAUAAAAAAAACUUAUCAAAACUUCAGUAAAUAUUAUGUGUUGUUUUCUUAAAGGUACAAGGGACGGUUUAAAAUAUAUUAUUUUUAAUUUUUGAUUUUUUGAUAUGUUUGAUAUAUUUCUACCAUCUGACGAUGUUAUUUUUUAAUGUCACCAAGAAACUAGUGCAUCCAUGUCUGCUCUAGAGGUAUCUUCCCAUUGUAACUGCCAAGUUUGGCAAAUGGCAGUCUUUCCCAUGCAGUUGCAGUUUUGAACUUUUCAGACUUCAGUGUUAACAAUGUGAUGCCGAAAAGUCAGAACAUUCUUGAGAUUCCUUGUGGAGCCUGCUAUUUAUGACACUCAAAAGCUUUCUGGUGAGGAGACAUGAGCUAACAGAUCUUGGUCUAGAUGAUGCACAAUAAAGCAAAAGCAUUUAGAAUAUUUUGUUUAAGUCACACAGUCAGCGUUCAUCUUUCAAAUUACUUUUCUCUAUAUUGCUUGAAAAUCAUCUAAAUAAAGUGCCCAACCAGUUCGAUAUAUGGCAGACCCUCAAUGUACUUAAUUGUCCUUAACAUACGAGCUGUAAAUCGUACAACGGAGAGCAUUAUUAUUCAUUUUUCCAUUGCACUUAAUUCUUAAGUCUGCAAAAAUAUUUCAAAACCAAUGAGCUAAUUAAAGUUGGAAAUAUUUUAGCUAAUUACAUUUCAUUUGUGGGUAACUCCAAUAGAUUCAGAUAUAAGCAUGGUUGGAAUAUAUGUUUAUUUAUUCCUUUUUAAUUUUCCUAUUUUUAUUCAGUUGCCUCUUUAAAAGAGAGAGCCUUUGCCACAUGAUGAGUUCUGGUUUCUGCAUAUUGACUGGAUAUGCGAAACACUGUCAUAAAAUGUGAAAUGCUUAAGAAUAUCCAAGGAAUUUGUUGUCAGCUUUUUUCCCCUUUCAUAACUGAAUGAUGCCCAGAACAGAUUUCCUAAAUCAUAGAAAUUAAUAGUUGUAGUUUAAUUCCAGAUUUAUUUUUUAAGUAAUUUGUGAUCAAAGACAUUAAAAUAGCAAAAUGUGCCCUGUGAAUAGAGAGGAUGGUAUUUCUUCCUUGUCCGUAAAAUAAUACCCUAAUCUUUGAGAAACUCCCUUUUGCAGUAUUUAGAAAGAAUAUCAAUAGAAAUAGAUUGAAACGUACAGGUUGUGUAAGUUAAAUGUACGUAAUAACAUUUCUUUUAAAGGGGCAUACUGUCGGUAAAACCUAUAGUUCAGAGUACUUAAAAUAAUUUUUAAAUAUGCUGCUGAAUAUAUAAUUGCAAUUUUUUUUCUUUUGUCAUUUUCCAACGUGCAUUUUAAUCCCUCUGUUUUCUCUCAAUCUGAGGCAGAAGAAUAUUGUAGAGUGUAACAAGAUGAUUAUUAUGCAUGCAUGUUGUGCUAAAAGGAUAGAAUCCGGUAUUGUUAAUAAUUCAAUCCAGUUUACAACUCUUUAAAAAAAAAAAAGAUUUCAACUUAUUACAACUUUGCAUUGUUGGGACGAUCCUAUAAAAGGAACACAACUCUUUUUUUCUGAUUUCACUGUUCCUACUCGGUGGUAUCCACUCACUGUUUCCUUUGGAUCGGAAUUAUGUUUAUAUAUUUUUGCAUUGCCAAAUUACAAACCUAUUUAAAUUGAAUGAUAAACUUUAUAAAGAGGUUCAUAAUGGAAUAUAAAACGACUUUGCAUGUUUUCAUAUUUAAAAGAUAUUGGUGAAAAGAAAACCAAUUGCAAUGCAACUUAAAGCAGGAUUACUGACAAGCCAAGGACUGUGAACUCUGGCAUUUUAGUUAUAUAAUAAAAAAAGGAACAGUGU